AUGGCGCAAGAUCCCCGACUUGCUCAACUGGAGACUAUAACUCCCCCUCCCCCUCCCCCUCCUCCACCAGAGUCUGGUAAUACUUCUUCAGACGGAACUGCAGGUCCAGAGGAACCGUCUGCUGAAGGUAUCACAACCAUGUCUAGCACCUCACCGGACUCGUAUAAGCUCAAAUUCUGCACCGUAUGUGCGUCAAACCAAAAUCGCUCUAUGGAGGCCCAUCUUCGCCUGGCCACUGCGCCGGUACCCUUUCCGGUUAUGUCUUUCGGUACAGGCUCACUAGUCCGGCUUCCCGGUCCCACGAUCACUCAACCUAAUGUCUACAACUUCAACACAACAUCAUACACUCAUAUGUAUGAUGAACUUUAUUCAAAAGAUGAGAGAUUAUACCGUAAUAAUGGUCUCCUCAACAUGCUAGAGCGGAACAGGAACCUGAAAUGGGGUCCUGAGCGUUUCCAGGACUGGGUCCCCGGCAUGCCGCGUGUUGACCAUGUCGCAAAAGGUGACAAGGGAGCUCUAGGAACCGAGGGAGGUGUCGUUGAUGUCAUCAUAACCUGUGAAGAGCGGUGUUGGGAUGCUGUUCUUGAUGACCUUAUGAACAAGGGCUCUCCGCUUAACCGGCCGGUCCAUGUAUUCAAUGUCGACAUUAAAGACAAUCACGAGGAGGCUUUGAUAGGGGGGAAGGCCAUUCUUGAACUAGCUAAUAGGCUUAACGAAGCGGCCAAGCAGGAACGCAUUGUAAACGGUUCCGAGGGCUGGAGCAAUGGUACCGGCGAAGCUCGACGGUCUUUUGAUGAGAGGGUACCAGAAAUUCUUGGUGCGUGGCAGGAGAAGUGGCCUAACCUACCGGCAUUAUGGACUCUGGCCUGGCUAUAA